GCUACAGGCUCCAAAAAAAACUCUUCUUUUUUCUCCUCCUCCUUAAUAAUAACUCGUUAAUAUAAGACAAUUCGAACCAAAAAAACAAAGUACAAACCUUGCUUUUUUGGUAUCAAUAUCUUUGUUUACGUACAUGUGUGGGACGGAGAAAGGGCAGUGCUCGAUUUCAAUGAAGAAACCGAUGCCGAGGUUGUCUGAAACCGCGGUUUUCCGGUCGUUUAUGGGUGGUUCGAAGGAGGAGAAAGCGUUUGCGUUUGCGACCGUGGAGGAUUGCGGCGGUUGCGUUUGGCCUCCGAGGACUUACACGUGCAGCUUCUGCGUUAGAGAGUUCAGGUCGGCUCAAGCCCUAGGCGGCCACAUGAACGUCCACCGUCGCGACCGAGCUCGUCUCAAACACAACCAAGAUUCCGACCAACAAGUUAGUCAUUACCCCAUUGUCGAAGCCAACCCUAGUUUCGGAUCGAAAACUGGAAUCAUUUCUGAUUCCAAGAAUCUUCUAGAAGAUUCUAGAAAGCCAGAAAGGGAAGACAAUGUCGAUGAUGCCGUGGAAGAUUCAGCGAAGAAUCUUGACAAUUGUGAGGUUAGGACAGAUUUAUCAGUGGGUUUGAAAUCGGAGUUGUGUCAGAAACCGGCCACGAGAUCUUCUCGCAAGAGGGCCAAAAGGGAUGAUGAUGACGAUGAUCAUCAUCAUCAUGGUGCUUCAUCAAGAUUGCCUAUGAUGUUAGAGUUAGUUCUUGAACCCACAAACUCCAAGAACAACAUCAUCAACAAUAACCACCACCGUGAGGAAUUGGAUCUCGAGCUGAGAUUGGGGGCUCAUGAUGAUCAUAAUCUCAGCAACAAUGUGAUAUUGAGAGGAGGAAAAAGAAAUAUUUGA